AUGAUUCGCUUUUCUCUUCGGUGUUUGGCGCGACGUGUGGCAGGAACACCUCCCUACUCAUUACCUGGCCAAUUUCCGAGGUCUGUGUUCCGCGCCUAUUCUCAAAGCCCCAACACUGCCAUAUCGACACCGCCAUUUAGAUACAGAUUUAUUCCAGAGGUCGAAACAAUUGAGGGCUAUCGACCUGGCGGCUACCACCCCAUCCAGAUCAAUGAUUCUUUGCAUGAUGAUCGUUACCGCAUAGUGCACAAGCUCGGCCACGGUUCAUUCUCAACUGCCUGGCUUGCUCAUGAUCUGCAAACAUCCGUAUAUGUGGCGGUUAAGAUCGGAACAGCGGAUGCGGACAAACAGGAAGCUGGUAUUCUGUGUCGACUUGCAACGAUCCCACUUGACGAACCGUUAAUCCCCAGAGUUGUCGAUCAGUUCAGUAUCGACGGCCCCAACGGAACGCAUCCUUGUCUUGUUACCACCCUUGCAAGAUGCAGCCUUACAGACGCAAAAGAAGAAUCUGAUUCAAGACUCUUCCAGCUCGACGUGGCACGUUCAUUAGCCGCCCAGCUCGUCGCUGCUGUUGCCCGCUCAACAGGUGUUGAAUUCGAUCUGGGUUAG